AUGGGUGGACUCAUACCUUUGAUGCUCGGCUCGGGCUCACGCACUGGAUCACUAAGGCCCAAGCCGCAGAAACGCCUGUCGCUUCCCGCUCCCGCGCCGCUUCCGGUGUUGCCGUACACGAAGGCGGAAUGGAGGAAAACGAUUGCGGAAGUCAAGAGGAAGUACUUUGGCAAGAGAUAUCGCGCAUGCUCGGCGCGAUGUAUCGAGGUUCUGGAGGGCAUCAGGGACACCUCCCAGGUUGAGCCGGUAUACCUAAUCUAUCUCCACUUCUAUGCGGCGACGUCUUUGGAAAUCUGCGCCCGCCCGCUGCCAUCCACCGCCCCGUUGCGGGCAACUCUUCUUCAGCAAGCCCGCACACACUUCGAACGGGCUUCGGUUCUCAUCAACACCGCUGAGGAGUCUGUCCUCAGAAAAUUCCGCCCCGGCUCCGUCGGCUCAUCGCGCGGUUCCAGUUGUCACUCACCCUCCAGCUCGAUCAGCUCGCGCGCCUGGACACCAGACACUGUCGUAUCCUCGCCGACGGACUCGGAUUAUUCUAUGGAUGACCAAAUCCCGAAGUCCCCACGGCCUCCCCCUCGCCACCGUAAAAAGGUCUCCUUCUCCCUCCCUGAAGGGGCACCCAUCGACAUCCCCACGUCAGAGCCCAUCAUCCGCCCGGACUCGCCCACCCUCGGCUUCGAUGACGGCUACUACCACUCCAGCAUAUCAUCACCUACGCCACCAGAAGACCUACCCGCCCCCAUGCCCGUUAAAUUCCAAGAGAUUGAAGUGCCCCUACCAACAAUACCGGAGCUCGCACAGGAGGAAGAGGAGGAAGAAGAAGUAAAGGGCAACGACGACGACGAGUACAGCCACGAAUACGACGCCAAAGCCGCCUACCACGUCGCGCGCUCCGUCGACCGCUGCUGCGAGCACCUCGCCCACCUCCGCGCUCAGCUCGCCCGUCACUCCACCAGCCUCGACCAGCUCCUCCAGGCACAACAACAAGCGCAGACACGCUUGCCGUCUAACAGCCCCACAUCGACAAGAACAGCUGCGGACGCCACGGAGAAGACGCCGACGGCGGCUCCGGGCCCCGGACCGAGGGGCAGCGAAGCGCGGGCUCAGGACCGCCAGGCGCGCGUCGAGCGCCUACGCAAGAUCGGCUGGCAACGCAGGCGCUUCGAUUCCUCGCCGUAUGAGGCGUUGUGCGAAGCUGUGCUGGCCGAGAUGGCCUGA